UUUUCAUGGUAUUAAUAUUGCAAUAGGCAAAUGCAGCCAAGCCGGGUAUGUCAAGACCAAAUUCUUCAGUACCUGCCCAGCAAGAUUUUAAGGAGUAUGUUGUCCGUGUGCAAAGAAAUGCUGAUAAGGAGUACAGUGUAAUGAAGUUUAAUGCAGGUGAUAAUGUAGACUUCACCAAGUGGAAAAAGGGCACCAUGGUACGGGAGGAUAACCUUACUGCUUUCAAGGAGCAAGACAGCAUGCCAAAAUUUGGUGAAGGCAGUGAGUAUGGCAGAGAAAGAAGGGAAGAGGCAAGGAAAAAGAAGUAUGGAAUAGUAACAAAGAAAUACAAAGAAGAGGACCAACCUUGGAUACUUAAACAGCAGGAAAAAGGAGGAAAAAAGUAUAAGGGCAGGAAGGAAGGGGGUAUAAAUGAUAAUGCAAGUCACUAUAUCUUCACACAAAUGGCAGAUGGAUCUUUCUGUGCCUCGCCUGUUAAGUCUUGGUAUAAAUUUACUCCCAUGGUGCAAUAUAAAUAUCUUAAUGAUGAGGAGGCUGAAGAGGAAUUUGGAAGGAGGGACAAGACGUUAAAUUUCUUUUCAGUUAUGGUAAAGAGACGUUUAAAAGACGAAGCUUCGUUAGAGGUGGAAAAAAGUGAAGAAAAACCUAAAGCACCAAGAAAAAAAGAUUCCUUGCAAAUAACUGAAGAUGAUGAGUACAUUGGGUUUUUAUCUGAUGAUGAAUCCGAUGAUGAUUCUGAUGAUCCAGAAGCAAGAGAAGCUAGAGAAAAGAAAGCUAAAAAGAAAGCAAAAAACUCAAAGAAACGAAGUAGAGUAAAGAAGAAGGAUUGGGGAGAGGAAGCCGGGGAAGAAAGUGAUGUAGAUGAUUAUGAUGACCAAGAAAAAGAUUAUCUGUCGGAAAAAUCUAGUGAUGAAGAAGAAACAGUUGAAUACAGGAAAGACGAAGAGCGAGGUCUGGAUGAAGAAAUAGAGGAGAUUAAUUUAUCGAGUGAUGAAGAGGUAGAAGAAGUAAAAGAACCAGAUAUUGAGGAAUCAGAAAAUAGAGAAAAAGAUGAAAAAAAUAAAGAAGAUGGAAGCAGUGCAAGCGGGUCUGAUUCAGAUGAUAGCGAUAUUGAUGACUCAAAGAUCCAAUCAGCAGUGUUCAUGCAGAAUAAAAACCCAAGUCAGACUAAAAAAAUUAGUGGGAAGUCUUCAAAAAGUUCAAGUCGUAACAGUAGCCGGCCAGGCACACCCUUUACUGGAGAUAAUAGCACCACAGCAACUUUGUCAGGGGUUGUGGGUCGACUACAGGAAAAAGGUUUGUCAAGUAAAAGGCAAGGUGAUGGUGGAUCAUCGUCUUCAUCUUCACAUACACCUGGGCCCCCUGCCAAGAAAUCACGCACUGAGAGCCCAACGCCAUUCAAAGGUCAACCAGGUGAGGUCCGCAUCACAGAGGAUGUUGUAAGAAGGUACUUGAUGAGGAAACCCAUGACAACGAAGGACCUUCUGCACAAAUUGAACCCGAAAAGGACGGGAAUGUCGCCUGCUGAUAUUGUUGCACGUCUAACAGAAGUCAUGUCAAAGUUGAAUCUGAAGAAGGAGGUGAUUAAAGACAAAGUGUACUGGUCAAUGAAGGCUACAUGAACUCGUUUUUAAGCACUGGAGUGAUGUAAUCAUGUGAAUGCUGCCCUCUGUUGAUAGCUUGAAGCACCUCAUGUAAAUGCUGCCCUCUGUUGAUAACAUGAAGCACCUCUCAGGUGUUUUGCAAUAGCUAUGCAUAAUAGAGUUAGUCGUCACGAUUUUGUUAACUAAUUAAUUGAUGAUGGAAAUAAACCUGGAAAUAGCGCAGAUAAUUACUGCAUUGGAUGAUAAGGGCAUCAUUUUUUAUGACAAACUUAUUUUAAUUUUAUACGUUUUAACACAUUAACAGACAAGGAUGUGAUAGACAAGUACACAUCAGUGUGUUGCUAAGGGCAUCAUGAUGAGUAUGCUCGUUAAAAAAUGACCACUUUUGUAUUAUAUGUUAAUUUGCUGGCGUACCUGACCAACCACUCACUUAUCACAGUUUAGGGAAGAUACAUUUAAAAAUAAACAUCAUGUUUGUUUGUGUCUCACUAUGUUGAUGGGAAAUAUGACCAUAUGGUGCACUUUCACUCAUCAGUAAUCACAUUUUAAAGAGGAUUAAAACAUGAAGUAAACAAUAGAACUGCAAUGAAAUAUGUGGUUAAACUUUUUGGAAGAAUAUGUGUUAUUCUGAAAUAGAUAAAUAUAAUUCAGAAUGAGCAUUAAGUAUUAUUUGGUGUUAGCAAAAAAUAAAUUGCCCAAUGCCAGACGCUAGUUUUCUCGUCCAUAGUAUUUUCCUUCUGUGUAAUUAAAAUUUAAAAAUGGUUCAUGAAUAGAUAAAAUUUGACAAUCA